AUGUCUUCCGAUACGGAGCAAUCCGCGCAGCUGGUCGCCGGUGUCGGCAGUCAGAACCAGCCUGCUCUGAUUGACGACCCGUCCACCCCGCCAGAGAACGAUGCGCUUCCGCCACCCUCUUCGCAGGUGACACUUCCAUCUACCGAAAUACCUGCGUCACCUAUCGACCCUACCCAGUCCUUCAAGACCGAGGUGAACGAUGAUCGCAUCGCCGCAGGUGCUGUCAUUCGGUCUUCCCUUACCCCGCCACCCUCCUCCCAAGUCCCGACAAAUGGCGGCGCCGCUCUCACCCAACCAUUGGCAUACCUUAGCUCGCAGAGAUCCGGCAUCUUCUCUCCGCCUGAGACCGGCCUCAGUACCAGCAAUUACAGACGAGACGGUCUUGCCUCGUCCGAAUACACUCCCCCAUCCCCUCAGCAAGUGGUCGCAGCUUCACCAGAUGAACUUCGGGGCCUCCUUCAGGCAUGCAUUGCGGAACAUGCAAAGUUGAAGAUGGAAGCUGCCCACCAUAAGUUGCAAUUCAACCUUCUGAGCCUCCAAGCCGACGAAGAUGCCAAGCGAGCAGUCGUUGAACACGAGAUGACCCGGCGGGAGGUGGAUGCGCUACGAGACGCUGAGCACUCUCGAUAUGCUCGGCGUGAACUCAGCACCGCAUCUGAGUCCGCCCAGGCAAAGUACUUGCAGCUGAGGGUCUGGUACGAGCAAGUCGUCGAGGAGAACGAAUCAUUGAAUAAGCGGCUCAAGCUAGCGAAGAAGGUCAUCCACCAGAAAGAAGACGAAGUUGUCAAUUUGACCGACGAGAGAGACAUGCUCCUCAAUCGCAUUCGCGAGAACCGCGAACACUUCCACCUGCUUUGCAGCCCUGGAGGCAUCUUCCAUACGGCCCUGACGCCGAAGACCCAGACUGUGUCGUCGUCGCCCGUUCAACACAGAGCUACUCCGCGACAAACGCCGAGAUCGGCACACAGGGAUCGAGAACACGGCCAAGAACCGUUUGACGUGCUUCUCAAGGCUGCAACCCAAGAAAACAACAGCGCCCCAACCACGCCGACGGCCAACUACAAACCCGCCGCUCCCCGGAGCCAGUCGAAGCAUACCCGCAACGUGCAGUCCAUGUCAUCGCUCCCAACUACUCCGACACCUCGUUCUCGAGCUGCCACCUCGGGGCUUCUCCCCUCGGUCGAUGUUGUGCCACAAUCCGAGCCGCCGUAUCGCCACAGCCGGUACAUACCGGAAACCCCAACGUCGGGGCGACACCACCGCCGGCGAAAGAGCAGGGAAAGCACCAUCUCGGCCGAGGACAACGAAGAACUGGCGCGCCAAGCCCUUCACUCCUUUGCUUCCCGCGGGUCUGAACCCUCCCGCAGCUCGCGCCGGCGUCACGCGGCCGAAGAGGCCGAAGAGGAAGUCUUCGAGAGCCAGGCAAGCCAGGCAGCCUCGGAGAUGCUUCGACGCGACCCCCGAGAGAGCUUCGAGGUCGCCAGCUCCGUUGAUGCAUCGCGCGACGGAACCCCGACGCCGGCAGCAGCUGAGAGGAGCGCCAAGUUGCAGGCCAAGCUGUUCGCAGGCCUGAAUAAGAGCGGGGCUGCGACCACGGACAAGAGGAAAUUCAGCGGCCACGGGGAAACAAGAGACGACGUUGCUAGGCGGGAGGUGCUGACGAGCCCGACCAAGAAGCUGCGCGUCGCCGGCGGAUUGCGCGACCCCAACCGGGUCGGGCUUGGUAUACAAGGCCUCAAGGCCGUCCUCACCAAGGCCCCAACCGACACAGUCAUCGUCUCCUCCCUGCGCACCCCCAUCUGCCGAUCGUACCGCGGCCAGCUCAAGGACGCCUACCCGGAGGAGCUCCUCUCGGUAGUCCUGCGGGCGACGCUCGAGGCGAACCCGUCCCUCCCACCCGGCGCCGUCGAAGACGUGGCCGUGGGCGUGGUCCUCUCGGAGCUGGGCGGGUCCAAGGCGGCGCGCAUGGCGCUCAACCACGCCGGGUUCCCGAACCAGACGAGCCUGUACACGGUCAACCGGGCGUGCGCGUCCAGCCUGCAGAGCGUGGCGCUGGUGUCUGCGCAGAUCCGCGCGGGCGCCAUCGACUGCGGCAUCGGCGCGGGCAUGGAGAGCAUGACGCGCAACUACGGCUCCAGGGCGAUACCCGUCGACGCGUGGCCGGCGCUGCGGAGCCCCGACACGGCGGCCAAGGACGUCCGCGACUGCGUCAUGCCCAUGGGCCUGACGAGCGAGAACGUGGCGAGGCGCUACGGCGUCGGCAGGAGGGAGCAGGACGAGCUGGCCGUCGAGAGCCACGCGCGGGCGGCGCGGGCGCGGGAGCAGGGGCGGUUCGCCGACGAGAUCGUGCCGGUCAACACGCGGUUCCAGGAGGUCGACAGGGAGGGGAACAAGGUGGGCGAGGAGCGCGCCGUGACGGUCACGCAGGACGACGGGAUCCGCGCCAACGCCAGCCUCGAGGGGCUCGCCAAGCUCAAGCCCGCGUUCGCGGCCGACGGGGCCAGCACGGCGGGGAACUCGAGCCAGGUCAGCGACGGCGCGGCGGCGACGCUGCUGAUGCGCCGCAGCACGGCCGUCGGGCUCGGGCUCGCCGACUCCAUCAUGGGCAAGUUCGUCGCCGCCACGACGGUCGGCUGCGCGCCCGACGAGAUGGGCAUCGGCCCCGCGCUGGCGAUCCCGAAGCUGCUGGCGGGUCUCGGCCUCGCCAAGGAGGACGUCCAGAGAUGGGAGCUCAACGAGGCGUUUGCGAGCCAGACCAUCUACUGCCUGCGCGAGCUGGGCCUCGUCGAGGCGUGGGAGCAGGGCAAGGUCAACCCCGACGGCGGGGCUAUCGCGCUGGGCCACCCGCUCGGCGCCACGGGGGCGCGUAUGGUCAGCACGCUCAUGCACGGCUUGAAGCGGGAUGGUGGUGAGGUCGGCGUCGUGAGCAUGUGUGUCGGAACUGGAAUGGGAAUGGCUGGGCUGUUCGUAAGGGAAUAG